AUGGGAGAAGUAGCAGGAAAAGUGGAUUAUAAAAUAGAACCGGAGAAAAAAGAAGCUCUUAUAGAUGCAUCGAAUUGGCCAUUAUUAUUGAAAAAUUAUGAUAAAUUAAAUAUCCGAACGUCUCAUUUUACACCCCUACCAAUGGGUAAUUCUCCUUAUUCACGAAAUUUGGAAGAAUAUUUAAAAUAUGGAAUUAUCAAUUUAGAUAAACCGAGUAACCCAUCAUCUCAUGAAGUCGUAUCCUGGAUAAGAAAAAUUUUAAGAUGUGAAAAAACAGGACAUAGUGGUACAUUAGAUCCAAAGGUGACAGGUGUGUUAUUAGUAUGUUUAAAUAGAGCAACUAGGUUGGUGAAAUCUCAACAAGAAUCGGGAAAGGAAUAUGUUUGUGUUUGUAAACUUCAUUCAAAACCUAAAAGUUUAGAAGAAGUAAAAAUAGUAUUAAAUAAUUUUCAAGGGGCUAUAUUUCAAAGACCUCCAUUAAUAUGUGCAGUUAAAAGACAAUUAAGAGUUAGAACAAUAUAUGAUUCCAAAUUAUUAGAUUAUGAUGAUGCUAAUAACAUAUGUGUAUUUUGGGUGAAAUGUCAAGCAGGAACAUAUAUAAGAACUUUGUGCGAACAUAUAGGAUUACUUCUAGGGGUAGGUGCACAUAUGCAAGAAUUGAGAAGAGUAAAAUCAGGGAACAUGACUGAAUAUGACAAUAUGUGUACAUUACAUGACAUUCUGGAUGCUCAGUAUAUUUAUGAUACAACAGGUGAUGAAACAUAUCUAAGAAAAAUUAUAACACCGUUAGAAAAACUUCUCAUCAAUUUUCCACGAAUUGUUAUAAAAGAUAGUGCAGUAAAUGCUAUUUGUUAUGGUGCUAAAUUGACCAUACCAGGAGUCUUGAGAUUUGACAAUAACAUUGAUAUAAAUUCGGAAAUUGUUUUAAUGACGACAAAAGGUGAAGCAGUUGCAUUAGCUAUUGCUCAAAUGACCUCAACUGUUAUUGCCACAGUUGAUCAUGGAAUCGUCUCAUUAACCAAAAGAGUUAUAAUGGAUAGAGAUACAUAUGAUGUGAAAUGGGGAUUUGGAAACAGAUCCAUGGAAAAAAAAAAAUUGAUACUUGCAGGACUCUUAGAUAAGUAUGGAAAACCAAAUGAAAAAACCCCACUAAGUUGGAUCAAAAGUGAAGGAUACACACCCAAAUUGAUUGGUAACUCCUCUAAUUACACACUCGAUUCAGAUAUCACUACGAAUAAUAAUAAUAGUAAUAACUGUAACAGUAGUAUAAAAGAUAAUAAUGCAAAAGAUACAUCGCAAGAAAAAAUGAACCCCGAUGGAACGAACUCUACUUUUAAUUUAACCAACAAUGAAAAUAUAAAAAAAAAGGAUAAUGAGCUCGUGGGGGGAAAUGGAAACAAUGCUGAUCAGCAAUCAGAAUCAGGAGUGGUGAAAAAGAAAAGAAAAAAAAAUUAA